CAUUGUUUCUGUCAGUAUUAUUUGUUUGUACGCGUAAAAUUUUGUGUGAUUUGCUUUUUUAUGAAAUGAAUUAAGUGGUAGAAUGUUUUAAGCAUAAAUUUUUGAAUCAUCAACGAUAGGGAAAAUAAUACAAUGGGCGCGAAACCGAAAAACGUGAAAAUUUUGACCAAAACGAUUCCAUUUCGUAAGGAUUUCUUCAGAGCAAUAAAAGAGCCGAAUGAGUCGCCUGAGCAGUGGUUACUUCGAAUCAAAAAACUGGCCAAAACAUGCUGCUUCGGAGCACAUAAUGACCAAUUCAUUGUCAAUAAGUUUAUUGUGGGGUUGGACUCUGAAAUAAUUGAUUACUUGUGUUCCAACGCUCUAAGCCUUGAUAUUCAAAGCUCGCUCGAACUCAUUCAUGUAUACGAAAAACAGAAAAAUGUCUUAACAUUGAACCCAACAUCAUUUGUCGAAGAAGCAGAACCAUUACUCGAACCACCCGAAUCGAUUUUUUCAGAAAUGUUGAGGAAAUGUGAAGCUUCGGAGUCGGUUGAUGAUCGAAAUCUAUCGCACAGCGAUGAUUCUUAUCAAUUUGACGAUGAUAACAGUAGGGACAGCGAUUUUAUGUGUGAAUCUGAGACCAAGAAUAAAAAGGGAGUUAAAGAGAAAAAAGUGAUCAAAACUAAAAUUGAAGCCAAAAUUGAAGAAGUGAUCGACGAAGAUAAAAGUGAUGUCAAAACAAAGGAAGCGGUGGCCUUAAUAAUAGCAAAACCAAAAGGUAGAAAAAAGAAUAAACCGCAGAACAAGGAACAGACAAAGAAAAUUGAAAGCGAGGCACACAAUAUAGACGAUGCAAAAGCGGAUCCAAAUGCGCCGAAGAAGAAACGAAAAUACAAAAAGAGAGCGGUGAAAGAAAAACAAACGUUCGAAUGCGAAAUUUGUCACUACAAAUGUGCACAUCAAUGUCAUUUGCGACGUCACAAAUUGAUUCAUCAGAAUGAAAAAUCCUUUGUGUGUCACAUGUGUGGAAAGGCCUUCAAUUUGUUUAUCAAUUUAAAUGCACACAUUCGACGACAUAUCGGAUACAAGCCACAUACUUGUGAAGUAUGCCAAGCGUCUUUCUUGGAUAAGACUAGAUUGAGAUUACACAUGCGAACUCACACUGGGGAAAGACCAUUCUCGUGCCAGUUCUGCGAUAAAAGUUUUGCCGAUCGAUACUACCUGAAAAUACACACGAGAUUACACACGGGCGAGAAGCCGUUCCAAUGCGACCAAUGUCAUAGGACCUUCUCUCAAUCGAGCAGCUUAUCGGUGCACAAGCGGAAAAACUGUGUAAUUGACCAAUUACCGUUUGAAUAACUGUACAAUUCUCCCUGCCAUUCGAAGUGGAUAUCAUCAAUUAUUUUGAUUUAUAGGUUUAUCGAUUUUAAAAUGUAAAAUAAUCACACCAUGGUUAUUCAUAAAAUUAUUGUUCGACCGAAGAUUUAUACCGUCAUAGAAAUCCAGAAUAAAAUAUUUCGUUAUAAAU